AUGUUCCCCUUUCUGAGUUUCAACAUCUCUGGGCUGGACCCUGUGGCUCAUUACAGCAUCUAUGUGGACAUUGUGUUAGUGGAUCAGCACCACUGGCGGUACCAAGGCGGGAAAUGGGUUCAGUGUGGCAAGGCAGAGGGAAAUAUGCCAGGGAAUCGGACGUAUAUGCACCCGGAUUCUCCCAACACUGGAGCCCACUGGAUGCGUCAGGAGAUCUCCUUUGGGAAAUUGAAGCUCACCAAUAACAAAGGAGCAUCAAACAACGUCACACAGAUGAUCGUCCUGCAGUCUUUGCACAAAUAUCAGCCCCGUCUGCAUGUCACCGAGGCCAAGCAGGGCGAGGUGGAUGAGGCACACCCCUCCCUCUGUACCCAGACCUUCACCUUCCCAGAGACGCAGUUCAUUGCCGUUACAGCCUACCAGAAUGCGGACAUCACCCAACUGAAGAUAGACCACAAUCCUUUUGCUAAAGGCUUCCGGGACAACUUUGAUUCGAUGUACGCCACGACGGAGGGAGACCGCACAACCCCAUCUCCACCCAGCGUUGCCAGCUGCCAGCAGCUCCUGGCAGGCAGCCGCUUCCAGCCCUUCUUGCACGAUCAGUACGCACUCACCCAGAGUCGCUUCUACAACAGGGAGCGUGCCCCGCUCCCCCUGCCCCCCAAGGAUGCCCACCACUGGUAUUUUGCUUCGCAACAGCCAGCCGCUGCCCCUCUGGAAUACGGCACCUACGAGGGUGACUUCAGAGGGAACAAAUUCAUGUCGUACGGGGUGAAGCCCUUUGCCCUGCAGGCUGCUCCCCACCCCUCGUUGCCCUACUACCAGGAGCACCCCUUCGCCCCCCCCGCCACGUGGAGUUCCCCGCCUCAGUAUCACCACCCCAAGCCAACCCCGGGGGCCUUGAGCUGGUUCCGGCCCAUGAGGGACUUGCAAGCGGCGCCCCCCGGUGACGAGAAAGGGAAAGACAGCGAGAGCUGGGCCGAGCCGGGCUCGGUGAAAUCGGCGGAUUCCUCGGACUCUGGGUUGUACGAAGCUGAGUGUAAGCGGCGCCGGGUGUCUCCGUAUGUCUCCAGCGCCGAGAGCUCGCCGCCCAUCCGCAACGGAGAGCUCUAUGACAAAGAAGGAGGCGACGGCGGUUACUAUGGCUUUUAUGGCAACUGAAGCGGGGACAGAGACACGAGAGGGAAAGUGGCUGGAGGUUUCGCAGUGUCCGGCUCCCCUCCAUUCAUAUCAGGGGUGCCCUGCAAAAAGGGGACACCUUA